GCCGGUAGUAUCGUGAACAGUAUUGAACUUUGCUAUUUUCCACAACAAAUAAUAUUUUUAAUGUCAUUGUAUUGAUAAAAAUGACACGAGUAACAUUUUUACAUCCGGAUCUUGGCAUAGGAGGAGCAGAAAGAUUGGUAGUUGAUGCUGCAUUAUCUUUAAAAAAACAAGGUUAUGAGGUUAAUUUCGUGACAACUCAUCACGAUUCGGAACAUUGUUUCUCUGAAACAAAAGAUGGAACAAUUCCUGUUACGGUUGUUGGAAGUUGGUUGCCCAGGCAUAUCUUGGGUAGAUUCUUUGCACUUUUUGCUUAUAUUCGUAUGAUAUAUGCAGCUAGCUACAUCGUUUUCUGUGAAAAUCGGCCAGACAUUGUAUUCUGUGAUCUAGUUUCUGCAUGCAUCCCUAUUCUUCGGUUACGAAUUCCAUACAUAAUUUUUUAUUGUCAUCAUCCAGAUCAAUUACUUUCACAGCCAGAGGGUCUUUGUAAACAAUUGUAUCGUGUACCUCUUAAUUAUCUGGAAGAAAUAACAACUGGAAUGGCACAUAAAAUAUUUGUAAAUAGUCUAUAUACACGUUCAGUGUUUAAGGACACUUUUAAGAGAUUAACUAUUGAACCUGAGGUUUUAUAUCCCUCUAUCAAUAUAGACUAUUUUGAUAAAGCUCGAAUAAUACCUUUAGAAAGAGUAAUUGAUAAAAAGUUACCACCAAAUAGUACUAUAUUACUAUCUAUCAACAGAUAUGAACGUAAAAAAAAUUUGGGGCUAGCAAUAGAAGCACUAUCAGAGCUCAAAAAGUACUUAAAAGAAGAAGAAUACAAAAAAGUAUAUUUAAUUAUGGCUGGUGGAUAUGAUAAAAGAGUUGAAGAAAAUGUAGAACAUUAUUUGGAAUUAAUAGGUCUUGCUGAUGAGCUAAAUGUUACAGAUAAAAUAAUAUUUCUUCGUUCUCCUUCAGAUAUUGAUAAAGUAUCUAUUUUACAUCAUUGUAUGGUUUUAUUAUAUACGCCUCCAAAUGAACAUUUUGGUAUUGUACCACUUGAAGCAAUGUACAUGAGUAAACCAGUAAUUGCACAUAAUUCUGGUGGUCCAAAAGAAUCUGUUGUUUCUGGAAUUACUGGAUUUUUGGUUGAUUUAUCUGGUGAUGCAUUUGCUCUGAAAAUAGCUGAUUUAAUUAAAAAUCCAGAAUAUGUUCAGCAAUUUGGUGAUGCAGGCAAACUUAGAUUUAUGGAAACUUUCAGUUAUGCUGCAUUUAGUGCUCAAUUGAACAAAACAAUUGAAGACUUAAUUGACAAUAAGAAAGUAAAGUAAAAUUGUAAUUAUUGAACUUUUAUACAUAGCAGAUAAAAAUUUAAAUUGUUACAAUUUUACUAUAUAUUCUUUAUGAUGUAAAUUAAUGAGAAAAUAUUAACAAAGAAAUGAGAAUCAUAUUAUGCGACUUUAAAUUUCUUAGUAAAAUAUAUUGAUUGUAUCGAUCGCAAUAUUUUCUUAAUUACCAAAUUUUUAAUGUGUGAAUUAUAAUUUGCUACAUUAUUUGCUAAUAUAGUCAUUGUUUCAUUUUGUGAAAUCAUAAAAAAGUUAUGUUCCUUUCUUUCAUAUUAUUCAAUUUUUAAAAUAUCUUAAAAUAUUAAUUUUUAUUUUAAAAUAUUGAAGACUUAAGCGUAAUUAAUAUUUUUAUCUAUUAUAUAUGCAAAAUUAUAAAUCUUUUAUUUAUUAUCUAUAUUUAUUGUGUACACAAUUUAUAUUAAAUUUGGAAGAACAACAGCAAUGAUCUAGGACAGAUCUAAAAACCGUUUAUGUAUACAAAUA